AUGUUGUGGAUUAAUAACCAAAAAGGAUUGAAAAUCACAGACCUAGAGUCUGAUUUGAAGUUUAUAGAGUUUGAAGAUGCACUGGAACAGGAGAAGAAAGACCUGCAGAUCCAAGUUGAGCAUCUUGAAUUUCAGACCCGGCAACUGGAACUGAAGUCCAAAAACUAUGCAGACCAGAUUUCACGGCUAGAGGAACGUGAAUCAGAAAUGAAGAAAGAAUACAAUGCCCUGCACCAACGGCAUACAGAGAUGAUCCAGACCUACGUGGAACACAUUGAGCGGUCCAAGAUGCAGCAGGUUGGGGGAAAUAGUCAAACUGAGGGCGGUCUACCUGGGAGGAGAAAGGAGCGUCCUAACUCUCUGAACGUCUUCCCCCUUGCCGAUGGAAUGGUACGUGGGCAGAUAGGGGCCAAGAUCAUCCCCCCAGUGGACCACUGGCACCUGAGUGACCUCGGCCAGCUGCAGUCCAACUCCAGUUACAAGUGCCCAAAUGAUGAAAUGUCUGAAUCCGGUCAGUCUUCUGCAGCUGCCACUCCAAGCACCACAGGGACAAAGUCCAACACACCAACCUCAUCUGUUCCCUCUGCUGCUGUCACACCCCUAAAUGAGAGCCUUCAACCAAUCAGUGACUACAAUGGCACAGCCAAGAACAGUAAGCGGGCACGGGAAAAGCGGAACAGCAGAAACAUGGAAGUCCAGGUCACUCAGGAGAUGAGGAAUGUCAGUAUAGGAAUGGGUAGCAGUGAUGAGUGGUCUGAUGUUCAGGACAUCAUAGACUCUACUCCAGAGCUGGACAUGUGCCAGGACCCGAGACUAGAGCACUCUGGAAACAGCCCAACACAGGGAAUUGUGAAUAAAGCUUUCGGCAUCAACACAGACUCUCUGUAUCAUGAACUUUCCACAGCAGGGUCAGAAGUUAUUGGGGAUGUGGAUGAAGGAGCAGAUCUUCUAGGGGAGUUCUCAGUGCGGGAUGAUUUCUUUGGAAUGGGCAAAGAAGUGGGGAACCUGCUGUUGGAGAACUCACAACUUCUGGAGACCAAAAAUGCUUUGAACGUUGUGAAGAAUGAUUUGAUUGCUAAGGUGGACCAGCUGUCUGGGGAACAGGAGGUACUGAAGGGAGAGUUGGAAGCAACAAAGCAGGCCAAAGCCAAGAUGGAGAACAGAGUCAAGGAACUGGAGGAGGAGCUUAAAAGAGUGAAAUCUGAAGUGAUCGUUGCCCGACGAGAACCCAAAGAAGAGGUGGAGGAUGUAAGCAGCUAUCUCUGUACAGAAUUGGAUAACAUUCCCAUAGCCCAGCGCCGCCGCUUUACCCGUGUAGAGAUGGCCCGUGUCCUGAUGGAGCGCAACCAGUACAAAGAGAGGCUCAUGGAACUACAGGAAGCUGUCAGGUGGACAGAGAUGAUCAGAGCUUCCCGGGAGCACCCAUCUGUCCAGGAGAAGAAGAAGUCCACCAUUUGGCAAUUCUUUAGUCGCCUGUUCAGCUCUUCCUCCAGCCCCCCACCUGCGAAGAGGAAUUACCCAUCGGUGAAUAUCCACUAUAAGUCUCCAACAGCAGCUGGGUUCAGCCAACGCCGCAGCCAUACCAUGUGCCAGAUCUCUUCAGGCAACCGCACCCUAGAAUUCUUCCCUGAAGAUGACUGUACAUCAUCCGCACGUCGUGAACAGAAGCGUGAGCAGUACCGCCAAGUCCGAGAGCAUGUGCGGAAUGACGACGGUCGAUUACAGGCCUGUGGAUGGAGCCUUCCUGCAAAGUACAAGCAGCUGAGUCCCAAUGGUGGCCAGGAAGACACCCGCAUGAAAAAUGUCCCUGUGCCUGUGUACUGUCGUCCUCUAGUGGAGAAGGACCCCACCAUGAAGUUGUGGUGUGCAGCUGGAGUCAACCUGAUGGGGUGGAAGCCUUUUGAACAGGAUUCUGGGAAUGGACAGAAGCCAGAUCCUGGACGUGAUCCUCUCACCUGUGACCGGGAGGUAGAAGGAGAGAACAACAAAAGUAAUCACACAUCUCCGGAAAAGAAAAAGGUCAAGGAGCUGCAUGAAAUGGAUGCCACAUCCAGCCGAGUCUGGAUCCUCACGAGUACCCUCUCUACAAGUAAAGUUGUGAUCAUUGAUGCCAACCAGCCUGGCACAGUGGUGGAUCAGUUUACUGUCUGCAAUGCUCAUGUACUCUGCAUUUCCAGUAUCCCUGCGGCUAGCGACAGUGACUAUCCUCCAGGUGAGAUCUUUCUGGAGGGAGACAUGAAUCCAGAAGAAUCAUCUGGAGCAGAUGGAGUCCUAGCAGGAAUCACUCUUGUGGGUUGUGCAACCCGGUGCAAUGUGCCACGCAGUAACUGUUCUUCCCGCGGAGACACCCCCGUGCUGGAUAAGGGACAGAGUGAGGUGGCUGCGGUCAGCAAUGGGAAGAUUAAUCAGUCCCAGUCUACAGAAGAGGCAACAGAAGCUACAGAGGUACCAGAGAAUGGUGCAAAUGAAACAGAACCAGCUCAAGUUCGGCCUGGUCCACUUACAGAGCACAUUUUUACGGAUCCAGCUCCAGCUCAGGCACCUGUUAGGCAGAACAGUGAGAAUGGGCAACAAAAAACAGAGUCAAGCACAGUUAUGCCAGAGCAGGAAGUGAAUGGUGAUGCUGCUGGAACAGGCACCAGUGCCGCACCCACAAUGUGGCUCGGGGCACAGAAUGGCUGGCUGUACGUGCACUCAGCAGUGUCCAACUGGAAGAAAUGUCUGCAUUCGAUAAAGCUGAAGGAUUCUGUGCUGAGCCUGGUGCAUGUGAAAGGACGGGUUCUUGUUGCCUUGGCUGAUGGAACACUAGCCAUAUUCCAUCGAGGAGAGGAUGGUCAGUGGGACCUCAGCAAUUACCACCUGAUGGACCUGGGUCAUACCCACCAUUCCAUCCGCUGCAUGGCUGUGGUGUACGAUAGAGUCUGGUGCGGCUAUAAGAACAAAGUCCACGUCAUCCAGCCUAAAACAAUGCAGAUUGAGAAAUCCUUUGAUGCCCACCCACGUCGGGAAAGCCAGGUCCGUCAGCUGGCAUGGAUCGGAGAUGGGGUGUGGGUUUCAAUACGCUUGGACUCUACACUGAGGCUAUAUCAUGCCCACACCCAUCAGCACCUUCAGGAUGUGGACAUAGAGCCUUAUGUCAGCAAGAUGCUAGGCACUGGAAAGUUGGGCUUCUCAUUUGUGCGAAUCACAGCCCUGCUCAUCGCCGGCAACCGCCUCUGGGUUGGAACAGGGAAUGGUGUUGUGAUCUCCAUCCCACUGACAGAGACUGUAGUCCUCCACCGAGGUCAACUCCUUGGGCUCCGGGCCAAUAAGACCUCCCCAACAUCUGGAGAGGGGAAUCGCCCUGGUGGAAUCAUUCAUGUGUAUGGUGAUGACAACAGUGACAAAUCUGCCAGCAGUUUCAUCCCCUACUGCUCCAUGGCUCAGGCACAGCUCUGUUUUCAUGGCCACCGUGAUGCAGUCAAGUUCUUUGUCUCUGUUCCUGGUAAUGUUCUUGCAACUCUGAAUGGGAGUGUGUUGGACAGCCCCUCAGAGAACCCCAGCACAACAGCCCCUGAGACUGAGGGGCAGAAGCUGAAAAAUGUCCUGGUGCUGAGUGGAGGAGAAGGGUACAUCGAUUUCCGGAUUGGGGAUGGAGAAGAUGAUGAGACAGAGGAGAAUGCAGAAGAUACCCCCCAAGUAAAACCGGUGCUUUCCAAGGCGGAGAGGAGCCAUAUUAUUGUGUGGCAAGUAUCAUAUAUCCCUGAGUGAGAAUCUCUCCUUUCCAGCCAACAUAUCUCUCCCAUCUCCCACCUGAAUGCCAAGAUGUACAUACAGAACUCCUGCAUUACACCUACUGCUGGAAAUGGAACCCCAGACAAUUGCAACAGCUCCUGCAUUGGAUGGUGACCCCCCCCUCCCAUUCUAACCUCUGAACUUGCAGCUUUCAUAAUUGGGCCUGUGCACGUUGAGUGGUUGGAUUACUAUUCUCCUGCAGCUGGUAUCUACAAAGGGGAAAAAAAGGCAGGGAAUCUACAGGGUGAAGCCUAGAGUUAGGAAUUGUCCAAACACCUCUUGCCAAGAAGUGAGAAUCAAGCCUUUCUUGGAAGGGUUGGCCCAGGUUGUCAGGAAGGUUGCCUCAUUCUCACCUGCAUGAGAAACAAUGCAUUAACCUCGUAUCUUCCAGGGAAACGAGGCUAAUGACUCGUGACAGCCCAAAGAAAAUCUUACAUGUAGUUCACCAGAUGGAAAUCUCAUCCCAGCCUGUCUGCACAGAUUGUCCUCAAGCACCAAGUCUUAUCUCAGGAUCUGAGCACAGGCAGCACCAGGUUUAAACCAUACCUCUGCAGAGAAGGGAACAAAGGUUUCAGGAACCACUUCAGCUAUUUGGCCAUAGAGGGCCCACCAGUCUCAUGCUGGGGUAGAGUGCAGAACACAUGCUAUAUAUGGGAAAUCUCCCUCCUCUGCUUCUAAUUGUUGAUCAGUUGGUAACAUGAAGUAGUGCUCAGUGAGUGUGACAUCACGGAGGACUUUUUGGUAGAAUCAGAGGCAAAAAAGGUGUUUGAUGUCACGACAGUGUGCGCUUGGACAUGACAGUUUGCUGGGAUAUGGGUUGGUUAGCCGAAGGAAGAGCCAGCGCUACUUUGUCCACAUGGUAUUUUUGAAAUGAGGGGUAAAAAAUACUUGGUUUCAUCAUUUUUAAAAGCCUUAAAAAAUUUCAAGAGACAAGCUGUUUAGUGAUAGUUGGUUUUAAAGUGUAUCUGGUGAAGGCAAGUUCAACAUCCUUCCAUGUUGAUGUGAUAAGGCUUCUGUGUUAACCUAGGGGUUUUAAUGACUCAUGAAGAUGCAUUCUCUUCCUAGUGCUGAUUUUCUUCAGGGAGAAUGCUCUGCUCUCAAAGCAGAACAGUGCUGGAGAAAAGAAAAGGCAGGAUACUGAUUUUUGUCAUUCUUUCUCCCAGUACAUAACAGUAACCCAGUGCAAAUACAGGUUCAGGCUUGCAUAUCCCAAACUAUGGCACCCAGACAGGAGGAUGCUUUGCUAUGGCAAGAAUUGUGUUUCAUGGCUGCUCCUGCAGUUAAAUAAGUCUGUAAAAAGCUGGAGAGAGAUUCCAGGAGCUUGUAGCUCCAUGCAGUGUGCAUAUCUCAAGUUUUGUUACCUCACUCCUGCUACUGACCAACUGGUUAAAAGCCCUGAUGCCACAGUUUGCCUCCUGACUCCUCACUGUUCUCAGUUCUUGGCCUUUUAAAUCCUUGAGCAUGUGUGUAUUGCCUCACUUGCUGCAUUUCUGGCUCAGUCAGUCUUUGUAUUCUAGGAUCCCAGAGGACCUAGUGUGUCCCUAAAAACAAGUAGCCCCGUGGCACCUUAGAAACCCACAAAAAUAUAUAAUAUGAGCUUUCGUGGGCAAAACCCACUUCUUCAGAUGAGAU